AUGGCGCCGCCGGAGCAGCACCCGGAGGAAGAAGCCACCCGACUGAAAUCCAAGGCCGAGGAGGAAUAUUCAGCCUCCAACCUGAAAUCGGCACUCAAACAUGCUAAAAAAGCCCACCGGCUGUGCCCCGACCUCGACGGUCUCUCUGCCAUGCUCACCGCCCUGAAAACCCUCCGAUUCGCCGCCAAAUCCGACUCCGAGUUCGUCGAUUGGUACGGCAUUCUUCAGGUAGAGCCUUUCUCUCACAUCAACACUAUAAAAAAACAGUACAAGAAUCUGGCACUAGUUUUGCACCCUGAUAAGAACGAAUUCGUCGGUUGUGAAGAGGCGUUCAAGCUGCUGGGGGAAGGGUUUAGGGUUUUGUCUGAUAGAGCUAGUAGGAAAGAGUAUGAUGUAGCUUUGAGAAUCAGGUUGCUGGAGGAGAGAGGUGAUGUUCAGGACUCUGUAGCGGAGACUUUCUGGACGGCUUGUUCUAGGUGUAGCCUUCUGCAUCAGUUUGAGAGGAAGUAUUUGGGGCACAAUUUGGUUUGCCCUAAUUGUAAGAAGAGCUUUAAAGCUGUGGAGGUUGAGGAUAAUCAGGAUAAAGAAGAGGUUGGUAAUGUUGAGAAAGUUGGAGUUAGGAGUUCGAGGUUGAGAAGGAAAGUUUUUAGUGGAGAUCGGUUGGGGAACUUUAAUUCGGGGAAUCAAGGAAGUCGAAAUGAGGUCUUGAGGAGGAAACCGAAUGAUGAAGACGUGGUUUUGCAGAACUUGAAGUCUAAGAAGGUGAGAUUAGAUGAAGAAAUGAUGACACUGGCUGAAAUGCAGUUGGAAGCAAGGCGUAAGGCUAGCAAAGGGAAGGAAAAAUUGAAGGUUAAGCAGAAGGAGAAGGAGGGACCGGAGAAAGAAGACGUUGCAAAGAAGAGCAGAGAAUCACAGAGUGGAAAAAAUGGGAUUUCAGUUGGUGAAAAUGAAAGAGGUCAGACAUCGAAGAAGAUUGUGAUUCAUGAGGCAGAGAAGCACUUUGUAUCGAGGAAGUCUAAGAGUGCUAUGGAUGUCGGGUUUGUGGAGAAUGGUGGUCCGGAGAUGAUGGAGGUUGAGGACUCGGACUUCUAUGACUUUGACAGUGACAGAACAGAGAAGAGUUUCAAGAAGGGGCAGGUGUGGGCUAUAUACGACGAUACUGAUGGAAUGCCGAGACAGUAUGGUUUGAUUGAUGAGGUGGUCUCGGUGAAUCCUUUCGAGGUGAAGUUGAGUUGGCUGGAUCUUGUCAAUAAUGGAGACGAUAGGUUGAUCAGCUGGUUAAAAACUGGAUCUUGUGGGAGCUUUAAGGUCGAUAGAAAUGUGACUGUUGAUUCCGUGAAUAUCUUCUCACAUGCUAUGCAGUGCGAGAGGGCUGCCAGACAAGUUUAUAGGAUUUACCCUAACAAGGGUUCUGUAUGGGGAGUUUACAGAGAAGGACAAAGACAUGUUCCACAGAAGGAUGAACCGUGCUACGACUUUGUUGUGGUUCUGAGUAAUUACAGUGAGAUUCAUGGGCUGAGUUUUGCGUACCUCGAUAAGGUUGAUGGGUUCAAAACUGUGUUCAAGAGAAGGGAGUUCGGGUUUCGCGGUGUGAAAUGUGUCGUCAAAGAUGAUCUCCUGAUGUUUUCUCAUCAAAUUCCUGCGAGGAAGGUCUCUAGUGAUGAGAUCCCCGAGCUUCCGAAAGACUGCUGGGAGCUUGAUCCAGCUUCUCUUCCAGCAGUGUUGUUGCAGUCGAAGCAUAUGUGUAAGAGAUUAGGAUGA